UUCAUGCAGCAGCUCGGAUUGCUUCCCAGUUGGCAGUUCGGCGAUGUCUUUGGAAUGGAUCCUGAACUUCUCAGCUUGGUGCCAAGGCCUGUCUGCUCGAUUCUUCUGCUCUUCCCCGUCACAGAAAAGUAUGAAACCUUCAAACAAGCGGAGGAAGCCAACAUAAAAGCUGAAGGGCAAAAAGUCAAUCCACACGUUUAUUUCAUGAAACAAACCAUCAAUAAUGCCUGUGGGACUAUUGGACUUAUACAUGCACUGGCAAACAAUCAGGAUAAAUUGGAGUUUGAAAGCGGUUCAGUUAUGAAAAAGUUUUUGGAGGAUUCGGCCUGUUUAACUCCUGAAGAAAAAGCGCAAUACCUAGAAAAAGAUGAGAGCAUUCGUGUUACGCAUGAGUUCAGUGCACAGGAAGGGCAAACUGAGGCUCCAAGUUUAGAUGAGAAAGUAGAUUUACACUUUAUAAGCUUUGUAAAUGUUGAUGGACAUCUGUAUGAACUGGAUGGGCGCAAACCAUUCCCUAUUAAUCAUGGAGAUACAACAGCUGAUAGCUUGCUUGAGGAUGCAAUAGAAGUUUGUAAGAAGUUUAUGCAGCGUGACCCUGAUGAAUUACGAUUUACAGUGAUGGCUCUCUACAAGGUAUAAAGUGCUCCAACGUGCAAUGAAAAACAAGCCACGUAACUAAACUUGGAUUAACUUCUCAAGAUGUUGCUUCACUCCAGUCCCCUGAACUUGUGAUAUUCUGAUUUAACUAGUGAGUUGAUUUAAUACUCUUUUGGAACAGUUCUGAUGUUUUCCUGGCAGCAUCUUCCCCAAGCCACUAAAAGAAAUCUGGUAAUGAAGUGUAUAUUGGUGUGUACUUUUUGUCUUGCUGUAACAGCAGUCCUCUAUUGAAAUUAGUCCCAGCCUACAUAUCUAGUGAUAACUGAAAGGAGUAGAAUUUCAGCUGCAGGAAGAGGCUGUGAGAUUCUUGUUGUAAUGUUUGCAACAGCUGUACUUAAAUCACUAACAAGAAAAUAAAUGGAUGCCAUGCAAUCACUGGAAAGUUGUGUGAGCGCAGGUUUAAAAUAAAAUUUGGCGCUCCUUGCUUUCAAAAUCUUGAUGCUCCUUACUCAAUAAAUUAACUAUUAUUUGUG